GGCGAGGAAGAGCAGCACAAGCUGUAGAGCAGUGCGGAGUUAUAUGAGAAGUGAUCGGGGGGGAAGAGCUCCACUCUCUCGCUCUCUCUGUGUAUAUAUGAUCGGAGACAUCCAGCUCUCCUCCCCCGGAGUCCCCGGCAGGAUGGAGAGCGCCAUGGACGCGCAGAGCCUUAUCAGCCUAUCGCUGCGGAAGAUCCACACUUCCCGCACCCAGCGGGGCGGCAUCAAGCUGCACAAGAACCUGCUGGUCUCCUACGUGCUCCGCAACGCCCGGCAGCUCUACCUGAGCGAGCGCUACGCCGAGCUCUACCGGCAGCAGCAACCUAUGGAGUGCGGGCUGGAGCUGGAGGAAAUCCCGGAGCUCAGUCCUCUACAGAUCCCCGAGGAAGGAGAGGACGAGAUGCACCACCAGCUGCCCCGGAUCCAGACUGGCACCGAGCUCCUGGAAGAGCCACUGGAGCUGCCACCGUGCGCUCACACUCCGCACCCAGCCAAGGAGCUUCUCCACCCGGCCGCCACCUUCUACCCCCGGGGAGGCUGCUGUCAGCAGGAGGAAAUCGAGGCUGCACACUGCAGCCAGACCACCGUGCUGGACUUAGACACUCACGUUGUCACCACCGUGGAGAACGGAUUCCUCCACCAGGACUGCUGCGCUUCCCAGUGCCCGUGCCAAGGCGCACCGUCCCCCGCGCUCCCCUCCGCAGCCACCACCGCGCCUUCACCGCUGCCGGCCAAGCGCAGGUACCCCCCGUCCGGGUACAGCUACAGCUGCCAGGUGGUGGAGGAGGAGGAAGACGAGCUGGAGCCCCACUUUGUGCCCUGUAAGAGGGGCAGAUAUGAGGACUAUUGCCCACAGCUGGCUCCCCCAGAACACUCUCAGCACCCACCGCUGCCACAGCAGCACCCCGACACGUCCAACAUCUCCAACCUCAUCUCUAUCUUCGGCUCGGGCUUCACCGGACUCAUGGGCAGGCAGGCGGACUCUGAGCAGAGCCUCAACGGGCACUUGUGUGGCAAGCAGGCACUGGCCAGCCUGGGCGCCUGGACUCGAGCCAUCGUGGCUUUCUAGCAGAGGGACCCCCUCUUUGGCAUGGAUGGUUGGGGGGGUGUUUAAUUAAAAGGGGGGUCUUCUCCUUUUAUUUUUUGAAGGGCACUGAAUUCAGGACUUGUACAUAGAAAAUGUUUUAUAGAGACUGUACAGUAAAAUAUCUUGGACUUUAUUUUUGCAAAGAAAGAAGAGCACCUAUUUAAUAAUUUUCUUUUCUGUUUUCUAUUUUAUUAUUUUCUUUUUAAAAGUGGUCUGUUAUUGGUGUCACCCAAGGCAGAGGCUGCAGAUGGGGGGCUUGCAAAGAGUCACAUUAUUUUUCUUGGGGGGGGGUUCUCCUUGAAGCUCGCAGGGUGGGCUAUAAUGGGAACUUCAGACCCCCACAACUCCAUAGAGAGUUAUACGUGCGCUUAAAGGGGGAGUCUGCCUGGUGUGCGCUGGGGUUAACUUAACCCCAUCCUUGCUGGGCUUUUUUUUUUCUUCUGUGAUUGGCUCUUUUUUUUUUUUUUUUUUUUUUAGGCACAUCCUGAAACCACUCACAAGAUUUUCUGGGGAAAUAGCUAAAGUGUUGUUCAUAUUCCUGGUGAUCUCUUUCCUUCUCUUGUCUGCAGCCUUUUGUCCUUGACUUAUGAAGGCAGAAAUAGUAACAUUUUAACUUUACCCCCCCCCCCUUUUUUUUAUUUUCCCACUGUGUUGGGACUUCAGUAGUGUACAAUGCAGUUUUUGCUAUGGUGGGAGGGUUGGUUUGGGGGGGGCUGUCAGUGUGAUUAAUAUCAACAGUAACCCUGGCACCUCAACCCAAACCCCUACUUCUAUAGCCUGCUACUUUUUUUUUUUUCCCCCAUUAUUUUUAAUCUUUCUGAAUUUUAAACACUAUUCGUUUGGACCAUGUGUAAUAACCCCCCCCCCCCCUUUUAUAUUUUAUUCUAGAGUUCACUUGUUCUACUUUCAGCCUUCAUUUAACUUUCAUGAAACCAGCAUUGUAUGGUCUUGUGAUCUGUCCAUGUUUUUUUUUUUUUUUUUUAAGUUUUAGUUUUUUGUUUUAUAUAUAUAUUUUUAUAUAUUUUCGUGGCAUUUAAUCCUUUUGUUGUAAAAAGGUGGUUUAGGAUAAAGCCUACCAUGCCAACAUUCACACUUACAAGCACUAUGUGUAUUAAAAUACGUUGCCAAACGUUUUUAUUUUUGUGCCAACGACUCCUGUAUUUUGUGUAUAUUGAACUGUAUUAUCACCGGGUAAACUGUUCAGAUUUAUUUGUUUAAAUUUAUAAUCUUAAAUAAAAACAAAAACUUUAUGCAAUUCA